AUGGCAAGGGACAACAAGUGCAACCCUGACCCUUCUAAAUGGAAGAUCAAGCCGAAACCCAACCCUAACGUUGGGCAAUACAAACUAUCCAAAUCCAUGAUCCGCACCAUGCUGAACGACCCCAACCGACCAGAAGACUUGGCUGACACCACGCGAGUAGAGGAAGUAAAAGACAAGCCGACAGGGAAGCGUCCAGGUGAGGCGAGGGAUGAGGCCGACAGCAGUACUCGAGGCCCAGCGGACCCAGUGCUGAACUGUUUUAAAGCAGAAGGGAGACCCCCAGCCUUGCUGAAAUUCGGUGUACAGGGGAUUACCACUGCCACAAAUGGCAGCAAACCCCAAUCCCAAGCCAGCAGGAAACCCGGUAAGCCAAUUGAUGAACAGACUGAAGUAGUGUGGAACGCAGAUGCGGCAGCGAAACAGCAUUCACAAUGCGCGGCUGCCUCAAAACAGGUUGACCCUCACGAAAUCAAGAAGAACAGCGACCAAAUGCUGCCCCAGGGUCCUUUUCAACCUGGCAACCAAUUGCCGCCACAAGCACUGCCCCCCCGACCCAUAACAAUUGAGGAAGUCCCUGACGAGGAAGAUGACUACAGCUACCUACACUCCAAGGAGGCAUGCGCCGAGGCGAUGGCCCGAGCCCAGAUCAUGGAAGGCCCUCGGCACACUGGGACUAAAUGCCCGCAGGCCUAUCACCCCCACCAGGACCGACCGGAGUGGAUUUGCAGAGGACUACGAAAUGCGAGGACACUGGAAGAGCAGAAGGAUAUACUGAGGAGUUGGGUACACCCGUCGAAGAGGAGAGAGGUGGUCACGGAGACCAUCUGGAGGCUAAGGGAGGAGGAGGGUGAGAACACAACCCGGACCUCCCUGGGGUUAGACGAGCUCGAAGAACUCCGAGCUCCUCCCCAGUACAUCUGA